GCAAAAUCGCUUUUUACCGCGGCGCUGGCUCAGUGGCGACUUGUGGAGAGCCGCAGCGCUCGACAAACUUACCACUCGAACUCAGAGAACCCCGCUCGAGGCGCCGCACCCGCACCGCACAGUCUCCCUCAGCAAGGUGUGCACGCCAGCCGCCGCGCCGCAACAACAAACAUGCCCAAGCACGACUUCUUCUCCCCGAAAGCGAUCUCGAACCGCAUCAAGGCCAAAGGUUUGCAGAAGUUAAGAUGGUACUGCGAGAUGUGCCAGAAGCAGUGCCGCGACGAGAAUGGGUUUAAGUGCCACCAGACGAGCGAUUCCCAUCUGCGGCAGAUGCGCAUCUUCGCCGAAAAUCCGGGCGCCGUCAUGCAUGGUUAUAGUUCAGAGUUCGAGAAGAACUUCCUCGACUCUUUGAGCAGGAGACACGGCACGAAGCGCGUCUACGCGAACGUCGCCUACCAGGAGUACAUCGCCGACAAGCACCACGUGCACAUGAACGCCACGAAGUGGGAAACACUGACCAACUUCGUAAAAUACUUGGGUAAGAGCGGUCAAUGUGUGGUAGAUGAGACCGAGAAGGGCUGGUACAUCGCCUGGGUCGACCGGGAUCCUGCUGCUUUAGCUAGACAAGCGGCAAUGGAUAAAAAGCGAAAGCACGAGAUGGACGACGAGGAGCGGGCGCGUCGCGAACUGAAGCGCCAGGUCAAGGCCGCGGGCGGUGUCAAGGAGGUCCAGGCCGACGCUGUUGAUUUGAGUAAAGGCGUCAGUUCCUUCGGCCUCGCGGCAGCAGAGAAGCCUCCGACAGUAGCACCGAAGCGACUGGCGGCGUUCCGGAGCGACUCCCCGGACGAGGAAAAAGCUUCAGCAAAGAAGCCGACGAGCGCCCUCGACGAGAUCAUGCGCGAAAAUCUCUCCAAAAAACCGAAGGUGGAGCGCUUCGAGAACUGGCUCCAUGAUGGCAUCGUGGUCAAGUGUGUGAAUUCUACCGUUGCUGAUGGUGCUUAUCAUAGAAAGAAAGGAGACGUUUUGAGGGUUGUGGACGAUUUCGCGGCGGUGGUGCGGAUGCGCGACUCGGGCGACGAAUUGCAACUGGAUCAAGAUGAUUUGGAGACCGUCAUCCCAACUGCUGGGAGGCGCGUGCGCGUGUUGAAUGGCUAUGGUAGAGGGCGCACGGGCACGUUAAAAGCGAUCGACGUCGACUCGUUCUCCGUGUCGGUCGAGUUGGAUGGCGGGGAAGUGCUGGAGAAGGUCGACUACGAGGACGUGAGCCGGCUGGUUACGUAAGUGUGUUGUUGUA